UCGAUCAUCAGAAACGAUGUCUUGGGAUCACUACUUGGUUGUUGAAAAAGUUGUUCUUCACAUGUUGACAGCUUAAAUUAUGUUGCAAUCUGCAGAUUAUAAAGCUUGCUGGCAUCUUGUUCUCUAGAUCGACUGAAUCAACUGCACCAGAAAUAUUACAGCAUCUGAGGUUAUAAUUUGUGAUCACUUGAUAUCAUGGAUGAGAACAGGAGUUUGCAUGUAACAACUUGGGGAAGAUGGAAGAAGAAGCCAAUGUUUGUUUUCUUUAGAGAUUCAAGGCUUGUUUUUAAGCUGGAUGCUCUUGGUUGGGAGAUCCUAGGCAUUGCAUUGCCCGCUGCCCUUGCUGUAGCUGCUGAUCCAAUUGCUUCUCUGAUUGACACUGCAUUCAUUGGUCAUAUUGGACCGGUGGAACUUGCAGCUGCAGGAGUUUCUAUUGCCUUGUUCAAUCAAGCUUCAAGGAUUACCAUAUUCCCACUGGUGAGUAUUACGACGUCGUUUGUUGCUGAGGAAGAUACUGUUGGAAAAAUGAGCAUCAAAGCUGCAGCAGAGAAGUGCUCAGAUAAAAAUGGUGAAACAGAAGAUGAUAUGCUUGAGAACAUGGAAAAAGGUGAAGGUGGAAAAAAGGGUGAGGAGGACUUGGAAAAGGGUUCACCAAAAAGCAGUGAAAAGAAACCGGAAAAAAUGAUUCCGGCCGGUCAAGAUGUGGAAAAAGGUGCAGCAGGAACCAGCAAGAAAGAGUCUAUGCCAGAAGAUGUGGGAAAAGGAGCAGCAACAAAGAGUGACGCAAAAGAGUCAACACCAGAAGAAGAAGACGAAGACGAAGAUUUUGAUACAACUACGAGCAACAAAGAUCCCUCUGAUUUUGGAUUGAAGAAAAAUAAGACCAAAGUAAAAACCGAGAAAAGACAUAUUGCUUCAGCAUCAACAGCACUACUUUUCGGUGCAGUUCUUGGCAUCAUUCAAGCUGUAGUCCUAGUUUUUGCAGCCAGACCUCUCUUAUAUGUCAUGGGUGUGAAACAAAGUUCCCCUAUGCUAGCCCCGGCACUGAAAUACUUGAAAUUAAGAUCGCUUGGUGCUCCUGCAGUUCUUCUAUCCUUGGCCAUGCAAGGGAUCUUUCGAGGAUUUAAGGAUACUAAAACUCCUCUAUAUGUCAUUCUUGUGGGAUAUACAACAAACAUCAUUUUGGACCCCAUACUCAUCUUUGUCUUGCGUUUGGGCAUCAGCGGUGCAGCAAUUGCUCAUGUUCUUUCUCAGUACUUGAUUUUGUCAAUCCUCUUGUGGAUGUUGAUGAGAAAAGUUUAUCUCCUACCUCCAAGUCUUAAGCAAUUGCAGCUUAGUCGAUUUUUCAAAAAUGGUGGUCUUCUGUUAGCAAGAGUGGUAGCUGUCACAUUCUGCGUCACCUUGGCAGCCUCGUUGGCAGCACGGCUGGGUGCCACGCCAAUGGCUGCUUUCCAGACUUGCUUACAGGUCUGGUUGACAUCAUCUCUUCUCUCAGAUGGCUUGGCUGUUGCUGGACAGGCAAUUCUGGCUUGUGCAUUUGCUGAGAAAGACCUCAAGAAGGCAACAGCUAUUGCAAACAGGGUAUUACAGAUGAGUUUUGUUCUUGGGGUGGGGCUUGCUCUCGUUGUUGGAGUUGGCUUGUACUUUGGAGCUGGGAUCUUUUCAAGAGAUGUUCAUGUUCUUCACCUCAUAAAAAUUGGACUCCCGUUUGUUGCUGCUACACAACCUAUCAAUUCAUUAGCUUUUGUCUUCGAUGGGGUGAACUUUGGAGCGUCUGAUUUUGCAUAUUCUGCUUACUCAUUGGUUAUUGUGGCCGCAGCAAGCAUUACAUCAUUGUUCAUUCUUUACAAAGACAAUGGAUUUGUAGGAAUCUGGAUUGCUUUAACCAUCUAUAUGUUUCUGCGUGCAUUUGCUGGUAUUUGGAGGAUGGGCACUGGAACAGGACCUUGGCGCUUUCUGAGGAAUGGGUCGUUGCCCUAGAUCGAGGGCCUAGGCAUUGCAACCUCCAUGGAUGUCUAUACUCGAUCAUCAAGCAACAUAUUUACGAUGCUACAUUUCUCUUUUUCUUUUAUUUCGCCCAUGUUAUGUAAUUGGUUUACAGACUUUUAUUUCUUUUCUUUUCUUUUUUUUCUCUACUUGUUUGUAUCCGGAUUGGACCUACUAAAAUAUCCUUGUGUUAGAAUAUUGUUGUUAAAAUUUAUAGUAUUGGUGAAGCCAUU